UUUGCUUCAGGGGCUCCUGCGCCAUGUCCAACUUUGCCAUCCGUUGAGGCGGUGGCUGUGCAUACGGUUGCAAGUGGGAACUUGAUAUUUUGAAAGCAAUGGCAGUAGGGAAAGUGUGAGCCCAUCUAGGUUGUGUUUGCAUUGGUGUUUAUGGAGAUUACUGUAUCUUUUACUAUAGACAACAAGGUUAUCAAAUAAUACUGUAUAUAGAUAGACAAGCAAGAAAAAAGUUAGAAUAAUGAGCUCUUACGAAGCUACACCACCAACGGAUACAGUGACUCUUGAUGUAUCUGGGGCUGUCGACCCGUACCCGUUUCCUAGACGGACGAUGACAAGGAGGACGUUGGGUAGAAAGGGUACUCUCGUAAGACCAGAGCGAUAUGUCAAUUCGCCCCUGCUGCGCACACAAACAAUGCGGAGUACUCGCCGCAUGUUAGCAGGUCCUGCUGGCCCAGACGCCUCAGCAAAUAUCUUUGCCAAAAGCGAAUUUGAUACAUGGACAAUCUUCUCAAAGAUGAUGACAUGCUGUUUUCCUGCCUUUUGCCUUAACUGCUGCAACAUAAAAGGGGCAGGUCCACAGCAGGCCUGGAGGGAGAAGGUCACCCUGUGCUGGAUCAUCGUCAUCCUGUGUGCAUUCGUGGUGUUCUUCAUUGUAGCAUUGAAUCCUCUGCUGUGUCCAACAGGGACUGGCGCCCCAGUCCCUAUCGAUGCUGCUGGAGGGAUCAUUGUUUUUGGGACUAUGUAUAGGACAAAUCCGGCUCUAGGGCCCGAAUUUACCAACCCUCGUGGCAGUGAUCUUUCGGAUCUGUUCCAACAACCACCUGUCGCAGCUUGUCAGCAGCUGAACGCCACAACAUACCCGUUUGCGUUCGUUCAGAGUCCAUGUCAGCAGGCCGGUAAUUGUCGGCAGCUUGCUGGCAGUGGAUUGAAGCCCUUUGAUCGAUUAGAUGGCGGAGAAUCGGUAGAUCCUCUUGUUGCCUACACUUGGGACGAGAUCGAAGCUCGAGGCUACGUGGUUGUCAAAGACAGCGUCUUGAAUUUGAAACCCUACUUUGACCAGUUCGGCCGACAGCCACUACCAAACAAUCCGGUUGAUGCGGUGCUGCGAAGAAUCAGGAAUCGUCGAGAGGCAACACGUAUUUUGAACAACCUUCCCGAAUUUGCCAUGAAUAGGGAGGCAUUCGACUGUUUGGUUGACAAGUACGUCGCUGGACAGAUCGCUGCACAGGAUGCGUCAUGUAUUAUUUCGUACCUGUUUUCGAUCAUUGUUGCUGUUAUCGUUCUUGGCGUACUUCUGUCCCGAUUUGUCAUGGCCGUGAUCUUUGACUGGUUCAUAUCACAUCGUCUUGCACGAACUCCGAAUCAAUUCGCGAGCGCAGCUGCUGUGGGAUAUGCAAACAGGUCCAACGACACGGAACUGACCUACAUAAGCGAUCGUAAAAAGAUGGACAUUAUGAAUCCCAACGACAUUGGCUUGGAUCUCUACACGGUCCUUCUUGUGACAUGCUACUCAGAGGGAGAAGCUUCUCUUCGAACUACGAUGGAGUCUAUGGCUGCAACGGACUAUACCGAUAGCAGAAAGUUGUUAUUUAUUAUCGCUGAUGGUCUGAUUACGGGUAAAGGAAAUCCAAAGAGUACACCGGACUUGUUACUUGAUAUGAUUGAAAUCGAUCAGACCUUUGGAGACAACCCAAAGCCGUAUUCGUAUAUUGCCGUUGCGUCUGGUUCGAAGCAGCACAACAUGGCUAGAGUUUAUGUCGGUCAUUUCUCGCACGCCGGUCACCGCGUUCCGACCAUCUUGGUGAUCAAGUGUGGGACACCGGAAGAAGCGAGCGAAGCCAAGCCAGGCAACCGUGGAAAGCGUGACUCUCAGCUCAUUCUAAUGAACUUUUUCACGCGCGUUCUCUUGAAUGACCGAAUGACCCCCCUGGACUUUGACUUGUUCCGCAAGGUCCAUCAUCUCAUGGGCGUCACCCCAGACUUUUUUGAAAUUGUGCUCAUGGUGGACGCCGAUACCAAAGUUGCACCGGACUCACUGCGGCUCAUGAUCAACGCCAUGCACAACGAUCAGUUGAUCAUGGGUCUGUGCGGUGAAACUCGAAUUGCAAACAAAACUCAGUCGUGGGUCACGAUGAUCCAAGUCUUUGAGUAUUACAUUUCUCAUCACCUCGGAAAAGCUUUUGAAAGUGUCUUUGGUGGUGUCACAUGUCUGCCGGGCUGUUUCUGCAUGUACCGGAUCAAAGCACGCAAGGACGGGGAAUGGGUACCCAUUUUGGCGAACCCUGAUGUAGUGGAGACGUAUUCCACAAACGAAGUUGACACACUGCACCAAAAGAAUUUGUUGCUGCUGGGUGAAGACCGAUUUUUGACGACCUUGAUGCUGCGGACAUUCACAAAUCGGAAGAUGGUGUUUAUCCCCCGUGCGGUCUGCAAGACUGUGGUUCCUGACGACUUUGCUACCUUGUUGAGCCAGAGGCGUAGAUGGAUCAAUUCGACCAUUCACAAUUUGAUGGAGUUGGUGUUGGUGAACAAUCUCUGUGGUACCUUUUGCUUUUCCAUGCAGUUUAUUGUCCUCCUCGAUCUCAUCUCUACCGCCGUGCUUCCCGCCUCCAUCCUGACAACCAUCUACCUAAUCAUCAAUGCAAUAGUAUCGAACGUGAAUAAGGACGCCGACCCUGGGCAAUGGCUGAACAUUGGCACACUUCUCUUUGUCAUCUUCUUCCCAUCGCUCAUUGUGGUCCUCUCAUUCCGGCGCUGGCAGUACAUAAUGUGGAUGGGUGUCUACAUUUUGGCAUUGCCUAUUUGGAACUUUGUCCUACCGGUCUAUGCCUUCUGGCACUUUGAUGACUUUUCCUGGGGCGCAACCAGACAAGUGACCGGUGCAGGCGGUGCGUCGGAAAAGAAUGGCCACGGAAACGAAGGAGGCACAUUUGACGGGAGCAAAGUCAGUUUAAAACGUUGGGAGGAAUACGAACGGGCCUGGCGACGGAACGUUGCCAAAGGAAAGCAAAUGGCCGAGUAUCAUCCACGCACUCCGAGCCCAUCGCCAACAGAAAGUAGUCAUGCUGAUUUGUUGGCGGGUCAGACGUACUAUGCCGAAGGACGCUAUUCGCCCACUCGGCCACAGCAGCUUGUCCAUCAAUUCUCGAACUCAGUUUCAUCUUCUGAAGCUGGAUCCACCUACCACGGUAGCUAUCAGGGAUAUGGUCCUGUCAAAUAGAUGAAGAACGCUUCUGAAUUGGAUGAUGCUCAACGAACACUUUUUAGUUCAGUUGAAGCGCUAAAUAUGAAUUUACUUGUAUUUAACAUUGUAUAGUAAUGUUGUUUGUAGUGUGCUCUUGACAAGGAAUAGAGAUGGGACUAUUAUAAUUGUCAAAAUA